AGUUAACAAAAUCCGACCGUCAUUUUGAUUAAUUCUGCUCCGUCGUCGGCUUCUUCCUCGGUUAUCUGUGCUGCUGCUGCUCUUUGCGAAACCUCGAGCCCCUUCGAUCCAUUUCCCGGCAUGCUACCCUAACCUGGAUCCCCCAUAGCUGCCCCAUGGAGCCUCGUCGACCCUCACGCGCCGUCAUCGACCCUAAGGUCCGACAGGUCGGUUUCAUCACCCCCAACGCGCCGCCGCAGCAGCCGGUGCGGACUCAGUCCUACCCGCCCGAGUCGAACUCCCCUCCGCUCUCCGAAUCCCCUGCCAGCAACUCCCUCUCCCCCGUCAUGAUCCCCCCGCCGCGCCACCUCUCCGACAACCUCACCGCCUAUCGGACCCCCGCCGUCCCGGUACCCGAGUCUUCUCGCAGGCGCGCGGAGCCUGCGGCGGUGGCGUGCAGCUACGACCCUUCCGAGUCGCUCUUCGGCACGUCGUCCCCUGCGCCGUCCCCACUGGCGAGCAGUCGCUUGGUCGUUGAUGGAGAGUUCUCGGAGGAGUCGUGGUUCAAGAAGAGCGACUCAGCCAAAUUUGCCUCGAGCUUUCCUGGCGGCGGGUUCGAUCUGACAACCGUGAAGAACGUCGGUGUUGCAGCUGCUGUGGCGGCCAAGAAGCCUGCAGCAGUUUCAGGGAAUGAGAAGAGCAAAGCCAGCGGUGCAGAAUCGAAGAAUGAACUGCCCUCGGGAUCAGGUUCGAAGACAUCGAAGGUGAAAAUGACGAAAUCUGAAAGACGAUCUCUGCAGGAGUCCCAACGAGCUGCAAAAGCAGGGGGCAAUAAAUCUGCUGGUGCUUCUUCAAGUAGAGCUGCAAAGCAACCUCAACAGAAGAAAGAUGCUGCACCAGCACCACCUUCUGUGGCUGCUUCUGAGAAGAAAGGAACUGAUCGUCCACCGGAAAAAGAGAGGAAAAAGGAUGUCCCUGCUCCAAGGAUGCAGUUUGACGAUAAGAGUAGAGUGGAAAAGGCUAAAAAGCGAGCGGUGGUCAAUCAGACAGAAGUGAGAAACAGAGUCGAAUUGUUUAGGCAUUUGCCUCAAUAUGAACAUGGCACGCAGCUUCCUGACCUCGAGUCGAAGUUCUUUCGAAAUGAUCCCAUGCAUCGGGCUGUUUACAAGGUGGGAUUGCAAUAUUUGGCCGGAGAUAUUACUGGGGGCAAUGCCCGUUGUAUUGCCAUGUUACAGGCAUUUAGUGAAGCCAUCAGAGACUACACCACUCCGGCCGAGAAAACUCUUACCCGAGAUUUGACUGCAAAAAUAGGCAGCUAUGUCUCCUUUUUGAUUGAGUGCAGACCUCUUUCCAUCAGUAUGGGAAAUGCAAUUAGGUUUCUGAAGAACAGAAUCGCAAAGUUGCCUUUGACUCUUUCUGAGUCGGAAGCAAAAACAUCGCUCUGUUUAGAUAUCGACCGCUUUAUCAAUGAGAAAAUAAUUCUUGCGGACAGGGUCAUUGUUCGUCAUGCCUCGACCAAAAUUAGAGAUGGAGAUGUGCUCCUUACAUACGGUUCUUCCUGUGUCGUCGAGAUGCUCCUCUCACAUGCCCUUGAGCUUGGGAAAAAAUUCCAUGUUGUGAUAGUAGAUUCACGCCCAAAGCUUGAAGGCCAGUCAUUACUAAGAAGGCUGGUAGCUAAUGGACUGAACUGUACAUAUACACAUUUGAAUGCUGUUUCUUAUAUAAUGCAUGAGGUCACACGAGUUUUUCUCGGGGCUUCCUCGAUAUUGUCAAAUGGGACUGUCUACUCAAGAGUUGGGACUGCUGCUGUAGCAAUGGUCGCUAAUGCCUUCAGUGUCCCAGUCUUAAUUUGCUGUGAAGCGUAUAAAUUCCACGAAAGAGUGCAACUGGACUCCAUUUGCUUUAACGAACUAGGUGAUCCACAAGCUGUUGCCAAGGUUUCCGGAAGAGGAGAUGUAAAUUAUCUAGGUAGUCUGGGAAAUAAGGACAAUCUUCAAUUGCUGAAUUUGAUGUACGACGCCACUCCAUCGGAAUAUAUCUCUAUGAUCGUCACUGAUUAUGGCAUGAUCCCUCCAACAAGUGUGCCUGUAAUUGUACGUGAGUAUUGCCGGGACCAGUUAUGGAUAUAGAAAGAUUUAGAUGGUCGAUCGUAUUCAGUGAACCAGAAACACUUUCAGAUGAAUAGCUCUUUGUGGAUAUAUACGCAUAUAGCUGUUGGGAUUGAUUUUAUGCACGAAACAAUAAAAUUAGGUCUCUGAAUUUUAAGCAAUUCUUAGUGAAGUUUUGGGACAUUAUUUUUCCAUGUAAUAUCAAAUGAUUUAUCAAUCAUCGACUGUGUUGAACAUUUGGAAAAUAUAGUUAUCUGGUGACAAUUAUGAA